CAUGGAGAAGGAGAAAGCUGAGAUCGACCGGAUGCAUAAUCUGACUGAAGAGGAGAGGCGAGCAGAACUUAGAGCAAACAGCAAAGCCAUUACCAAUAAGGCCAGCAAAGGAAAGUACAAAUUCCUGCAGAAGUACUAUCACAGAGGAGCCUUCUUCAUGGAUGAAGAGGAGGAUCUUUACAAACGGGACUUUAGUUCCCCGACACUGGAGGAUCAUUUCAAUAAGACCAUCUUGCCCAAAGUCAUGCAGGUCAAAAACUUUGGUCGUUCGGGACGGACCAAAUACACUCACCUGGUUGACCAAGACACCACCUCGUUUGACUCGGCAUGGGCCCAGGAAUCUGCUCAGAAUAGCAAGUUCUUCAAACAGCGGGCAGCUGGUGUGCGCGACGUCUUUGAGAGGCCAUCAGCCAAGAAAAGGAAGACCACGUAAUCCUGGGGAGGCAGGGACAUUGUAGCCACAUGCACUUUGUGCUUUACACCAAGCAUCACAGCUCUCUCACAGUGAAUCAUACCAGCGCUGGUUUCAGGUUCUAAACCCCACCCUUUGACGUAUUGUUUACCUUGCCAAGAAUACUGUUCACAAGUAAUUUAAAUCUUUUUUUUUUAAAGAAAAACAAAUAUACUUUCUGAAGAGUUUACAACUCUGUAAUCAUGUAUUGUUUUCCUUUCCUGUUGUAUUGUCAAAUAUGAUAAAAACUGAGUUCGUGAAUUUA